GAGUGCAGGACUACUUCAUUUUGUUGAACAGAAAAGAGAGAACUUCAAUAACUCUCUCCCCCAACAAAACCCUUGAACAAACCAGGGGGAGAGUAUAAUCCAAACACCAAUGGAAGAAAAACGCCAAGAACCCGGAUCUCCGUCACCGGCGGCGACAAUUUCCGGCGGAUCCUCUAUAAAUCCCAGCGAUUCUCCGGCUACGGAGCCACCAGCUCCGCGACGCCGAAAUCAAAAGCGUAAAUCCACAAACACUACCUCAUCAUCGGCGCCUCCGAAACGCCACGCUCGUGAGAAAGCGAACGCCGCCGCAGCUGCCGCUUCCGGUGGAUUUUUCUCUCUCCUCCCUCCGAUCCACAACGGCCCGUUAACUAGAGCUCGUCAGUUGUCCGACAACAAUGCGGCUAUCUUUUCUGCGCAAAACGCUAUAAAGAAUGAGACUUCUAUGGCUGCGGUGAAUGAUUCGGCGGCCUCUGAGGGAGGAGAAGAGGCGAAAUUGGCGAAAGAGGAGUGUGAGAAGCUUCAGGCUGUAAUUGAUGCUGAGUUUGAUGAGAUUCGAAAUCGUGAUUCGGGUGUUCAUGUUGUUCCUGUUGCUGCUGGUUGGUUUUCCUGGGAAAAUAUUCAUUCAAUUGAGAAACAAACACUGUGUUCCUUCUUCAAUGGGAAGGUGGAAAAUCGGACUCCAGAUGUCUACAAGGAGAUACGGACUUGGAUCAUGAAGAGGUUUCAUGCCAAUCCAACCACAAACAUUGAAUUGAAAGAUCUGACGGAGCUGUCUAUUGGGGAUUUAGAUGCAAGGCAAGAAAUUAUGGAGUUUCUAGAUCAUUGGGGUUUGAUUAACUAUCAUCCUUUUCCUCAGAAUGAGCCUAAUAUUGAUGCCGAUCCAAAUACAGAUGCUGACAAGGCAGAGCAAACAGAUUCGUUAAUUGAAAAGUUGUAUCAAUUUGAAAGUAAGCAAUCCUCUGCACAAUUAGUUCCAAGAGCCAAUGUGUCAGCAGCGGCUGUGCCUUCGGGCCUAUUUCCCGAGUCGAUUACAGAAGAGUUGGUAAAACAAGAGGGACCUGCAGUUGAGUAUCAUUGCAACUCUUGUUCUGCUGAUUGUUCUCGCAAGCGAUACCAUUGCCAGAAGCAGGCAGAUUUUGAUUUGUGUAGUGAGUGCUAUAACAAUGGGAAAUUUGGCUCUGGCAUGUGCCCCUCUGACUUUAUCCUCAUGGAGCCUGCCGAGGCUUCUGGCGGAACUGGUGGGAAGUGGACUGAUCAGGAGACUCUUCUCCUGUUAGAAGCAUUGGAACUUUUUAAGGAGAACUGGAAUGAAAUAGCUGAGCAUGUUGCCACGAAAACUAAAGCUCAGUGCAUAUUGCAUUUCCUUCAAAUGCCUAUUGAGGACACUUUUCUUGAUGAUGAUGAUAAAAAAGAUGGUGCUCUGGAGAACGGAGAACCAAACUCAACCAGUAAUGAACAACCUGUCCCCAAAGGUGACUCAGAACCCUUAGAAGGUGACAAUGGUAAAGAUAAUGUUGGAGCAACAGAGACUGGAAGUGGUAAAGAUCAUUCUGAACCAUCAGCAAGCAAAACUAGUAAAGACAAUGAAGAGCCAUCAGAGACUAAAACUGAUAAUGAUGCUGCUCAACUUGUGUCUGCUCAAACAGAAACUUCAAAUUCAGAGGAUGAUCUCAAUGGAAAGGUGGUCCAGGGUAGAGGUGAUGACAUAAUAAUCAAGGCAUUAAAGGAGGCAUUUCAUGUAGCUGGUUGCCCACUUACUCCAGAAGACGAACUUUCUUUUGCUGAAGCGGGGAAUUCGGUGAUGGCAUUGGCUGCAUUCCUAACUCAAUUAGUGGAACCUGGUCUUGCUACUGCAUCUUCCUGUAUCUCACUAAAGACUAUCUCCCAAAGUUCUCCAGGGUCGCAACUAGCUGCAAGGCACUGCUUUAUUCUGGAGGAUCCACCAGAUGUUGAUAAAGAACACACUGUUUCUAAAAGAAUGGCUACUGAAAACAUUGAUCCGAAUACUUCAGAGAUAGCUAAAGAAGAGUCAAAAAAUGACAAAGAGAUCAUCCAAAUUGAGGAGAAGUCCACCCCAUUAUUAGAUGAACAUGAAAAGAAGGAAUCUAACGCAAGUGAUGAUCCACGGUUGCCUCCUGGAGAGAAAGAUACAUGUGCAGACAAUUCCCAAAUAAUGGAGAAGCCUGAUGAAGAUAUGCCCCAAGUCACUGAAAAGCCUGAUGAAGAUAUGCCCCAAGUCGCUGAGAAGCCUGAUGAAGAUAUGCCCCAAGUCGUUGAAAAACCUGACGAAAAGUCUCAACUAGUAGACAAGUCCGGUGAAAAGUCCCAACCUGUGGAUAAGCCUGAUGAAAAGUCCAAACUUGUGGAAAAUCCUGAUAAAAAGUCCCAACUUGUGGAAAAGCUUGUUGAGAAGUCCCAACUCAUGGAAAAGCUUGUUGAGAAGUCCCAACUCAUGGAAAAGCCUGAUGAAGAUCUGUCCCAAGUCACGGAAAAACCUGAUGCAGCGAAGCCCCGUGUCACUGAAAAACCUGAUGAAGAGAAGCCCCAAGUCACGGAAAAAACUGAUGCAGAGAAGCCCCAAGUCACGGAAAAAACUGAUGAAGAGAAGCCCCAAGUCACAGAAAAACCUGAUGACGAGAAGCCUCAAGUCACAGAAAAACCUACUGAAGAGAAGUCCCAAGCCCCUGAGAACCCUGACGAAGAGAAGGUGAUGGUAGAAGAAAAGCACGAUGAAGUAACUAAUGUUGAGCAAGCUGGAAUGAAGUCUGUGAACAAACCACAGAAUUGCAGCCUGCAGAAUGAGCAAUCUAUCACUGCUCCAAAGGACCAAGUUACUUCUAUGUCUGAAGUUAUGCCUCCUCCUGUAUCAGAAAAUGAUUCAGAGAUCUUUAAGACUACAGAAGAAAAUGUUCAAUGUACGGAUGUCCCUAAGGAUUCAGAUAUUGAGCUCAGUUCUGUUGUUUCUGACAAGGUAGAGCAACAAGAGAUAGCAGGGGCAGUUCCGAUGGUUCGAGUUGCGUCAGAGGCAGGAGAAGAUAAAACGGUAAUUGAUAAAAUCACGGACCCCAAAUCUACGAAAACAGCACGGACGAAGGAUGAAGAUAAUGUAGCGAAGCUGAAGCGUGCUGCUCUGGCUACACUCUCUGCUGCUGCUGCGAAGGCUAAACUUCUUGCCGACCAGGAAGAAGAAGAAAUCAAGCAGCUAGCCACUAUUCUGAUUGAAAAGCAGCUUCGGAAGUUGGAGAUCAAGUUGAGUUAUUUCACUGAAAUGGAUAACGCAAUCAUGAGGGUUAGGGAACAGUUGGAACGAUCAAGACAGAAACUUUUUAAUGAACGAGCUCAAAUAAUUGCUAGCCGACUUGGAAUACCAUCUUCAUCAUCUAGGAUGUUGCCGUCAUCAUACCCAAUGAACCGGAUGCCUCCAGGCCUUUUAAAUUCAAUGUUGAGGCCGCCGAUGAGCUUGGGUGCUCAAAGGCCUCCUCCCAUGUCGAGGCCCGUUGUGAUGUCGGCGCCUUUAGCUACAAACAUGUCUGCCGCCCCACCCGAGGUGGUAGGAGCAAAUUCAACACAGCCUUCUUCUGCCAUGGAAAAACCUUCUGCAGUUGGGACAAACUGACUGAAUCAUCAUGAUUUUUCCAGGACUUGAUGUGAGUGAAGUGAAUUCAUCUUCAUCCAUGUGAUGAACAGUGUCAAGUAGCUUAGUUCAUCCUAACAGUCUAGAGUUGUUUAGAUUUGUAUAAUAUUAUUAAGCACAUAUUUUUCUGUCUCCAUGGGUCACCCUCCUAAUCAUUGUUGUAGCAGUAGUAGUAGUUGAUGGAGUGGAGGAUUCUUUCUGAAGCUUAAGAAUAGCCCCCCUAGGCCCUAGGUGUGGAGAUGACACGGGAUAACAUCAAGAUGUCCAAGAAUUUUCUUUUCUGAUUAUUAUAAUGUUAAAACCAAUUUUUUGUAAGGCACUAUACAUUGGUAAGAUAGCUUUCAUUAAUGAGAAGUUCAUCUCUAAACAUCGGUUCAAUUUCA